GCGAAAAAUACCACGCACUACGCCAUCUUGGCUGGCGAACGUGCAACAUUUUCCCGUUGGCAUUCAGCCCAUUUUCUGGAGGAAAUUUCCCGGUUGAGAUGUAGGAGAAAAAUAUACUCUGUGAAAUCAUCAUGGAGACCAACACCAUGGCAACUGAUAUUUCUCCUACUGGGCCAUCAAGUGGGGUUCCAUUGGCCAAGCCACUGCACCUGCAGGUACUGGAGAAAGCUCUUCAACUGGAAAACUUUGUGGAAUAUGUUGAACAAGUAUUUGAAGAGGAAAUCAGUGAUAGCGAUGAAGAUGCAGGAAACACAGAUAAACCCAAAAUACAAGACUACAAAGAUGAGGAUGAUCAGGAGAUUUUAGAAAUCAAUGGUAUUGUAACAACUAAAGCAGAGAGAAAAGCUGACAAAAAAAAGCUGUAUAAUUUGGGUCGAGUGAAAAAGAACAGGAGAUGGCUGAAGAAUAUAUUAUUGAGUGAUAGCUCUGAUAGUGAUGGAGAUGACAAUGACGACAAACCUUUGAGCAAAGAUGAACUUCACGAGAUGUUGAAACUGCAUAAAUAUAAAAGAAAAUGCCAGACUGAAAUCUAUGGAGACAGAGAGCUGCAGCAGUACAUGUAUUACAGCAGUGGUCUAUUGUCGGUUUAUGACAAAUUCCCAGAACAUCAACGACUCAUACUGGGGCCAAAGAAGAAGAAAGAUGACAAAAAGAUGAAAGCUAAGCUGAAAAAAUUAAAGAAGAGGAAACUUGCAAAUGAGAACCAAGUGAGCUUGCAGCAUAGUCAAUUAGAACAUAUGGAUGAGAAAGCUAUCGCUGCACUUUUCCGUGAGGCUGCUACAAAGAAGAAGCACCUGACUGCUAAGGAAGCUGACAUCAAGAGGAGAAAGAUUUGGAUUGCUAUCGGAAAAAAAGAUAUCCCAAAGGCUCACAAGCAGAGGUCUUCCACUCACAACAAUAUGAUGAGCAACGCUAAGAAACUCUCUCAGCUGUGUCAGAAAGAGCAACGGAGAGCAGCUAUGCAAUCACAGAGGGUAUGCAAGGAGACUCCUCAGAGGGCUCGCAGAAUUACCAGAGAGAUGAUGGUAUACUGGAAACGUUAUGAGAAAGUUGAGAAAGAGCACAGGAAGCGUGCUGAAAAAGAAGCAAUAGAACAGAGACGACUUGAUGGUGAAAUGAGAGAGGCUAAGAGACAGCAGCGCAAACUGAAUUUCCUCAUCACCCAAACAGAAUUGUAUGCACAUUUCAUGAGUCGCAAGAUAACUGGAGAGGGUGAAAAAGAGAAAGAUAAGAUUCUGGACAAACUUGAAGAGAAAUCUUCUAAGAAACCAGUUGCUGUUGAAGGUGGAAUGGUCAUUGAUGUUGAAGGAGAUGACUAUGAUAGUCAGUAUAUAAAACAUCAGGCCUUACACAAUGCUCAAAGUGCCUUCAGUGCUCACGAAGCAAAGACAAAAAUGUUUGAUGCCGAGGUAGCAGCUGUACACCGGAAGAAACAAUCACCUUUGUCCCAUCAGUCUGAUUUUAGCUUAGCCAACCCAUCCAUUCUUGCUAGUCAGAAUAUUCCCCAACCAGAGAUGUUUCAUGGCCAGUUAAAGGUAUACCAGUUGAAAGGCAUGAAUUGGUUGGCCAAUCUCUAUGACUGUGGCAUCAAUGGCAUUCUAGCUGACGAAAUGGGCUUGGGUAAAACUGUACAGAGUAUUGCCCUGUUAGCUCAUCUUGCAGAGAGUCAAAGUAUCUGGGGUCCGUUUCUUGUUAUUGCCCCGGCAUCUACUCUACACAACUGGCAACAAGAAUGCACCAGAUUCACCCCAAGGUUCAAGGUACUGCCUUACUGGGGAAACCAAGGUGAUAGAAAGGUUCUUCGCAAAUUUUGGAGCCAGAAAGAAAUUCUUCAUCGAGAGGAUGCUCCGUUUCAUAUUCUUAUCACCAGCUAUCAGUUGAUUGUUCAGGACGUUAGAUAUUUCCAACGAAUCAAAUGGCAGUAUAUGAUUCUAGACGAAGCUCAGGCCAUAAAGAGCAGUAGUAGUGCCAGAUGGAAGAUCCUGCUUGGUUAUAACUGUCGUAAUAGAUUACUAUUAACUGGUACCCCAAUACAAAAUAGUAUGGCAGAGCUAUGGGCAUUGCUUCAUUUCAUUAUGCCAACAUUGUUUGAUAGCCAUGAGGAAUUCAAUGAGUGGUUCUCUAAAGAUAUCGAGAGUCAUGUAGAGAAGCAGUCAGGAAUCAGUGAAGAGCAACUAUCAAGACUGCACAUGAUUCUGAAACCAUUCAUGCUGCGAAGAGUGAAGAGAGAUGUGGAAAAUGAAUUGUCAGAUAAGAUUGAAAUAUCGGUAUACUGUAGUCUGACAACAAGACAGAAGUAUCUGUACAAGGCGCUGAGAAGUAAAAUCUCUAUUGAAGAUCUGCUGCAGUCUUCAAGCUCUCACCAUUCAUCUCAAAUACAGAGUAGCACUAGUAGUCUUAUGAAUCUUGUUAUGCAGUUUAGAAAGGUGUGCAACCAUCCAGAGUUGUUUGAAAAGAGAGAAACCAAGUCACCUCUAACCAUUAGGAUGAGUGAAUUACUCUUGCCAAAACUCUUAUAUCGGGAAGGUUUACUUGAGAAAGUGCAAACUCAUAAGUACAAGAUACUUUACAAUACUCUAUACAUUCACUCAGCGGAUAAUAUCCAUCAUUCCAUCUUUCCACAAUGUCAAAGUCGACCUGAAAGCAACUGUUUCUCCUUCUUGCGGUUUAUUGACGUGGCACCAUGUGAAAUGAAGCGACUGAUGUUGGCUGGUUUGCUUAUUCAGUGGAUAACAGUAUUUACAGUGAUGAAGGCAGCAUACAGGGUAUAUCACCAGAGGAACUGGGUUGAGGAACGUAAUUACAGAACCAGACACAGUCCAAUGAAGAAAACUUCAUCAAAGUACCUCACAAAAUUAGACCUUCUAUUGUGGCCUAGUUGGACCACAUCUUUUCCUAGUAUCCAGUGCAGUAGUGUGUUGUCACAGCUCAUCUUUACCAGUUACACUGGACAUUUCAUAUCACAUUCAACUCAGACAAUACAUUACAUGGCUGAAACACCAUGGCAUCACAAACUGAGGCUCUCUAAGAUGAGACUUGCCUCGCCAAACAGACUGGGCUCUCCUACAAGGAAGGCACUGCCGACCAGUCCUACUAUGAAAAGUCCACUCUCCCCUACAAAGAGGAGUUAUCUGAGCAACAGUCUCAGCAGUUUGGGUUUAACUGCUUCUGGUCACUUUCCUCCGCUGAGGUCGCCUGAUAGACGGCCUUCAAUUGUCCGAGUCUGUCAGCCGACUGAUGUACCAGCAUUUUUAAUCUCCGUCUUGCCAAAGGUGAGUGUCACUAAUCCUGACUAUUACUGCAGUGAUCGUGGGGCAGCCUUUCAACACGACACUGAGAAGUUUGGCGGAUCGCUGGAAGCCAGGAAUACACUGUUGUUUGGUUCCCAGGAGUUGUAUUCGCUGUAUUUGCUGUCACCGUUUCACUACUUUCCAACUCGUCCUGGUGGUUUGUUAGCUAUUAAACCUGUACAUGGAUGGUCCAAUAUACAGAUACCAAAUAAAGAGACCCUAGUAAUGGACUCUGGAAAGUUGUACGUUUUGGAUCAGCUGCUAUCGAAGCUGAAGUAUCAGGGUCACCGUGUCCUCAUCUACUCUCAAAUGACACGAAUGAUUGACAUACUUGAGGUAAGUCAGUUAAUUUUAUGGCGCUUAGUUUUGAAUGAGAACUUUGUUUUUUGGCGGCAAGAAGAAAGGAAGAAACUAGAAGAGAACAACAAAGCCAAGGAAAGAAAACGAAAAAGGGAUAAAUAUGCACAGAAGAAUGCAAAGAAAAAAGUGGAUGUGUUUGGAAUAACCCCGCCUGCCAUGUCAACAGAAAACUCGUGUAUGUCAGUGGAUGACUUGUCUGUGCUGAGUGUAGACUCUGCGGUUCCUAGUCCAUUCAGUGAGAUAUCCGUUGGCAGUAGUGAAGUUACUCAGCAGUCGUUUAGUUUUCCACAAGAUGAGAGCAGUAAUGAUGGCCUGCUGGUGGUCGUAGAUGACUUUAAUGAUCAAGAUAGCACAGGCACCAAUACCUCCAAUCCUACUGUGUCGUCAACACAAGCACAAGUACAGCCACCCAAGACACCAGUCAAACCACAUCGAGGAAGAGGAAGGCCCCGUAUCAAGCCCAUUGCUGCUAAGUCCAGGGGACCCGGUAGGCCUCGCAAGAAAGCUGCUAAUAGUGCUGCAGCAAUGGCUGGUGCACGGGCUGGUGCUGCAGCUGCUAGUGCUGCAGCGUAUGCAGCUUAUGGCUUUAGUUUUACAGGUAACUCUGUUUCGGGUAAUGGAUCACAGCAUUCCAGCACAGGAGGACAACAAUCUGGCAAAUGAAAACAACAUAGAUCUGAUGAUUCUCAUAUUGUGAUAUAGAACAUACAAGGGGCUGCAAGCACUCUUGCUGUAGUCCUAUUUUAUUUCUCUUUUUCAGCUAAAUUGACCGCAUCUUUCAAGUACUUGGCAAGACAACUAUUAACAGAGACUGAAUGUUUUUAAAGGAAAUCAUCACACAUCCUUCCAUCCAGACAGAUCUUCUUUUCAACCACCACCAGAACAAUAAAAUAAAAAAUUGUGAACACUGUGACCCGUUGACCCAAUCAUUUAACUUGAACAGCUGAUGAGCAAACUGGCUUGCAACUAUUAUUCUAGGGAUAUUAUGUGGAAAAACAUUGAAUUGGAUUGUAGUUGAACUAUUCAGGUUUUCACAUCUCUGUUCAACUCAAAAUACAU